AUGACACUCAUGGAUAUCGCCUCUGCUAAUUCCCUGGCAUUUGCCAAUUAUGACCUGAAAAAUGAACCUCAUAAUGGCAGCUCUCUGCUGACUUACACUGUUCCGUUUUACCGAUCUUGUGUUGACGCAAAUGUUCCUCCGCAUAUGUGUCUUUGCAUGGACGACAAAGCAUUGCAAACGGAGGAUUACGCGAGUCAAAGGCAGCCUCCAGGCAGAUCUGGCUUCGAGGAUCUCCGUGGAAGGUAG